UAGGUUUUUUGGUGUUCUUAUAGUUUGAUUUCAUUACAUAUUAUUUCCGGCAAGAAAAAUGGCGGGUUCUGCUGUCGCUUUGGACGAUGUUCCUUCCGGUGAUAUCAUGACCGAAUUGCUCCGCCGUUUCAAGUGCUCCUCAAAGCCCGACAAACGCCUCGUUCUCAUCGGACCCCCUGGAUCCGGAAAGGGUACACAAUCACCCAUGAUUAAGGAUGAGUACUGCUUGUGCCAUUUAGCCACUGGUGAUAUGUUGAGAGCUGCUGUUGCUGCCAAGACACCUCUAGGUGUUAAGGCCAAAGAAGCUAUGGAUAAGGGUGAACUUGUCUCUGAUGAUUUGGUGGUUGGGAUUAUUGAUGAAGCCAUGAAGAAACCCUCAUGCCAAAAAGGUUUCAUCUUGGAUGGUUUCCCCAGGACUGUGGUUCAGGCACAGAAGCUUGAUGAGAUGCUUCGGAAGCAGGGAACUAAGAUCGACAAGGUGUUGAACUUUGCGAUCGAUGAUGCCGUAUUGGAGGAGAGGAUCACCGGUCGUUGGAUUAAUCCUUCUAGUGGCCGAACCUACCACACGAAAUUCGCGCCUCCCAAAGUCCCCGGUGUUGACGAUGUCACUGGGGAGCCUUUGAUUCAAAGAAAAGAUGAUACCCCAGCAGUUCUCAAGUCAAGGCUGGAGGCUUUCCAUCGACAGACCGAACCGGUUAUCGAUUAUUACGGAAGCAAAGGUAUUCUAGCCAAUCUUCCUGCAGAGAAACCCGCAAAAGAGGUCACUUCGGAGGUCCAAAAAGCCCUUUCUUCAUAGGACUUGAUCCUUCAUCUCUCACUUUUCUCCAAAACUUUGUAAACCGUUUCAAAUCAAUCCGACACAUUGCCGGAAAACCGGAGUUUACGUUUCGUUAAUGAGCAUUUUGCUGGCUUUGUGAGUCCAAGAGGUUUUUUUGCAACAAAAUAAUGGUGUACUACAGGUUUGUUGGUAACAUUGAAGUGAAAAUUUUCUUAUUUUUUUUCA